AUGUCGCCCCUUCCAACAGGCGCUAAAUUAUGGCUCUUGAAUCUCGGAAUCUUGGACCUUGACGCAGCAAACUUGCUGGCGGGAGUAAAUCAAUUCCCAGCCCACCUACCACCGCAGCCGCACGAGCGACGCGACUUGAUCAUGAUUGCAGCUUUGAUACUCCAUCCCGAGAUUGGUCUGAUUCUCUUUGACACUGGAUCUUGCGAGAAUAUAAUCAAGAGCUGGGGCAUGAAGGCCAUGGAGUGUGCACCGAGAAUCUGGAACAAGUCAAUCCAUGGUCUGCCCGAGGCGAUCAAAGCCACCGGCGCAGGGGAGAUUGGUGAUGUGAAAGCAGUGGUCUUGAGUCAUCUUCACUGUGACCAUGCAGGGGGACUGGAGCACUUCUUUGGUACAGACAUACCCAUUUGGUGCCACGAGGAAGAGUUCAAGAAUGCGUUCUGGGCCUUUGCUACUGGAAUCGAGCGUGGCACAUACUUAAGCGACUAUCUUGAUGUGUCACGGCUAAAUUGGAAGACAUUUUCCGGGCAGUCCUUUGAGCUCUUUAACGGGAUUACUAUGCAUCACUGUGCAGGACAUACACCUGGCUCAGCUGCAUUAGAGCUGAACCUCGAAAACACAGGUACUGUAGUCCUAACAGGCGACAUGUUCCAUGUCUGGGAAAACUACGAGCAGGGAAUACCACCAGGAACUUUGACGAGGGACUUCAACGCAUGGCAUCGCAGUCGGGAGUAUAUUCGGAAUCUGGUCUUACGGAAGAACGCAAAGGUGGUCCUUGGGCACGAGUUGCGCUACUUUGAGGCAUUUGGGCCGGGGCCAGUCUCCUAA